CUCCCGUCUCACACUCAGUAGGAGAAGAGCGGCAUGGCCGCCUCCUUCGUUUUAGGUAGAGGGCUGUUGUUGCCUCUUUCAGACACCCACCAAACAAGCUCCCAGGCCAAGCCAUGCUUUCGUCUCUCCAAAUUCUCCUCGUCGCCUUCCCUUUCCUUUUAUAAAUCAUUUUCUUCCACGACCUCUUCUUCUCGAUGUCGUUUUAAUCUCCUUCCCCAUAUUGGGGGUGGUAACGGAUGCAACAGCAGCAGCAGCAGCAACAACAACAACAACAACAAUAACAACAACAACAACAACAACAACAACGGCAACAACCGGAAUCCCUUUGGCUUUGAGGGUUCUCCCCUCCUCUUCUUCCUCUUCUCCCGUGCAAUCGACGACAAUAAGAAGGCCGGCUUUCCAUUCACUGCCUCCCUCCUUUCUCUUCUGGGUUGCUUUUGGCAUUCGCAAUUGCUGCCACCUGCACUCGCAACAUCACAACCACCACCCCCAAGAAGCAUACCUGAGGAGGAUGAGGAGGUCGUUGUCUGGCAAGUGAGAGGAAGCAAGUGGACAAGGAUUUUCUCUGAUGAUUCCGAGGACGCCUUGUUUGCUGCUGCUGAUGUGGCAUCAUCCUCCAUCAGAGGUGCUGUUGGAUUGAAUCCUUGGCAGCAGAGCGUCCGUAUUUUCUUGCAGCUUAUGCUACCAGACGGUUAUCCCCACAGUGUCAGCAGCGAUUACUUGGAAUAUUCUCUUUGGAGAGGGGUCCAGGGCAUUGCCAGCCAAAUUAACAGCGUCCUUUCCACCCAGGCUUUACUUUAUGCUGUUGGAUUGGGGAAAGGUGCCAUCCCAACAGCGGCAGCAAUCAACUGGGUUCUUAAGGAUGGAAUUGGAUAUCUCAGCAAAAUUUUGUUGUCAAAAUAUGGCCGUCAUUUUGAUGUUCAUCCCAAGGGCUGGAGACUUUUUGCUGAUCUUUUGGAGAACUCUGCCUAUGGAAUGGAGCUAUUAACUCCUGUGUUUCCUCACCUUUUUGUCUUAAUUGGAGCAGUUGCUGGAGCUGGUCGCUCAGCGGCUGCGCUGAUUCAGGCUUCUACUAGGAGUUGUUUCUAUGCAGGUUUUGCUGCUCAAAGGAAUUUUGCGGAGGUAAUCGCAAAGGGUGAAGCUCAAGGAAUGGUGAGCAAGUCUAUUGGCAUUAUGCUUGGGAUAGUCUUGGCUAACUGCAUUGGAUCCUCCACGACUUUAGCUCUUGGCACUUUCAGUGUAGUUACUGGCAUCCACAUGUAUUGCAAUUUGAAGUCAUAUGUAUCUAUUCAACUAAGGACUCUGAAUCCAUAUCGUGCAAGUUUGAUCUUUAGUGAAUAUCUGUUGACUGGCCAGAUUCCUCUCAUAAAAGAGGUCAACAGUGAGGAACCACUCUUUCCAAGCUUGCCUCUUAUCAGUGUCAAGUCCAUGAGUAUAGUUCAAUCACAAGUACUCUCUGCAGAAGCAAAAGAUGCUGCAGCUGAAGUUGGGCGCCGGCUGCUGUUGGGAUCCAAGCUGAGUGAUGUCGUCAACAGCAAGGAGGAUGCAUUAGCCUUAUUUGAUCUCUUCAGAAAUGAAGGCUACAUGUUGACAGAGCACAGAAGAAAUUUCUGUGUAAUUCUCAAAGAGGGUUGUGCACCACAAGACAUGCUCAAGUCAUUGUUCCAUGUCAACUAUCUGUACUGGCUCGAGAGAAAUGUGGGGAUUGAACCUAGGGCUAUUGUUGAUGACUGCAGGCCAGGUGGAAGGUUGCAAAUAUCACUGGAUUAUGUGCAAAGGGAAUUUGACCAUGUCAAACACGAUGGGCAGUUAGUGGGUUGGGUUACUGAUGGGCUUAUAGCAAGGCCAUUAUCUAACAGGAUUCGUCUAGGCUACACAGCUCCUGCACAGUGAAGGUUGAUAUACAAAAGGAGAGGAUUGCAAAUAAUUAAUACGCAUCUUCAAACAAGAGAAAGCAGAAUCUGGCCAGACUGCCCUAACCAGAACUAAAAUCUUCUGAAAGGCAGUGUCAUUGUUGGUGUGCUUGUAAUUUUGCAGGCUCAAAGGACGCAUUACUGAAACUUCUUGAUUAUCUUCUUCCUUGAAGAAGAGAAUGCUAGUAGAUAUGAUUCAUUACUUGAUCUGAAAAACAAUGUCAUUUUCGAAAGCAGCAGAAGAAUUUCCCCA